AUGAGUAAGAUUACUAAAGCGAUGGAGUCGUCCUCCGACGCCGUGGAUGCUGCAGUUUUGCGUAUUGCAGAACUACUCAGAUCACCUGAUGACUUAGUAAAGACCAGUCUCUUACGUAAGAGGCUUGCGAUAGAAAAAGCUACCAUUGAUGCUCAACUAAAAUCUGGAGUAAAAACGCAACUAGAUAAUACCCAAGAAGGUAUUGACAAGCUAACUUCUUCUAGAAAACAAAUGUUCAUCAUAAAAGAAAAUAUGCAAGCUAUCGAUCGCUUAUGCUCAGAAGCACAAGAUAUGAUUCAACAUUUUCCACGGAUUAAUAAGAUUUCUCAAAUACAUCGCAAUUUUGUUGCUACACAAGAAACUGCACAAAAAUUACAAGAAAUGUAUUCGACAGUUGAUCAAAUACAAAACCUGUUACAACAAGAUAAACAAAAUAUAAUGGGACCUGCAGAGAAUUUACUGUUUAUUCAUUAUCAGCUUUUCAGACUCCAAGAAUUUCGGGAUAAUACUAUGCAUCAGGCAAAAAAUACAUCACAAGAUGAUGUCAUACUCAUAUUAGAACAAUAUUUCAAAAGGUUAGAUGAAUUGUCCAAUGAAUUUGUUGAAUAUCUUUGGACAUUAACAAAAAACAUGAUUGAAUUAGUCAAGGUGGGCCAAGGAUCUGUGAUAGUACGUGUAGUUAAAAUUAUCGAAACGGAGGAAAGAGCGGAUGAAAGAGCAACAGCAGCAGAACAUGCACGAUAUAGUCACCAAGACCUCGCUACCAAAUUUAAAUCAAUUCAAGCAAGUCCACGUGUCAUUAGAUCUUAUAGGAGCCAAUUUCAGGAUAAGCUGCAUGAUUCUAUUUCUGAAUUAUUUGAAAGGUUUUAUAAUGAGUUUCGAGACGAUCCUAUGAGAUUAUUAGACGAAAUGGAAUUUAUUUAUGAUCAUCUUGAAUUAGUUUUUCAAGAAAUUGUCCCGCGAUUUCCAACCAAAUAUAACAUCUUUUCCGUUUUUGUUUUGGCAUAUCAUCGGCAUGUGUAUAAUAUAUUUGAUAAAAUCGUCAAGUCUGAUCCGGAUGCUGGAACAAUCCUAAGAUUAAUUAGAUGGGUUCGUCAGUAUUAUAAGAAGAUGAAUAAGGAUUUCCGUAUUUCUGAAGAUAUUUUGGAACCUCCGUUACUUGAUGGAAAUGAACAAGAAUUGAUUAAUGAUUACCUCAAAUUGAUUCGCAGAAAGCUUGAUGAAUGGAUGAGAAAUUUGAUGAAUGAUGAAACGAGAGAUUUUACGGAGCGUAAUAAAGCUCCAGAAUUAGAUUCUAACUUACUAUAUGGCCUUUCUGGUUCGGUAAUUAUGUUUCAAAUGGUGAAUCAACAAAUAGAUGUUGCUGCACAAUCAGGACAAGGUAAAAUUUUAUCAGAUGUAGUAAAGGAGUGCGCAGAUGUUAUGGCUGGGACCCAGAGAACCUGGAUGAGUUUACUUAAGUCGGAGUUGAAAAAGCAAGUCGAUAAACCGGAAGAAGCACCUCCUGGAUUUGUUGAAUACGUAAUUGCAUUGGCUAAUGAUCAAAUCCGAUGUGCUGAUUUUACUGAAGCUAUUGUUAACCGGCUGAAACCUUUACUUUCUGAAAAAUAUCGGAAUCAAAUUAAUGCUGAUCUAAACUCAACCACGGAUGGAUUUUUGAAUGUUGCUCGAUUAGCAAAAGACACUUUAUUAGAUGUGGUAUUCAAUGACCUUAAACAACCAUUCAGUCAAUUCUAUUUACCAGUAUGGUACCAGGAAGAUCCAAUGCUACUUAUCAUUGAAACAAUCAAAGAUUAUACUAAUGAUUUUCAGACUCAUAUGAAUGAAUAUCUUUUGGAUAGAUUAAUGUCCAAUACUUUAGAAAGAUUCAUUAUAGCAUACAUUGAAGCUAUGCGAAAUAAAGGUGCGAAAUUUAAGAAGCCAGAUGUGAUGAUAAGAAUACGAAAAGAUGUCGAAACUGCAUUUACAUUUUUUCAACAACACAUUCCUUCUCAUGAAUUAAAAGGUACGUUUGACACCUUAAAUUAUUAUGCAUUGAAAAAAAUUUAUGGGGACAUACCAAUUGGAUUUAUUGAAGACAUUUUAAUAAGAAGAGAUGAUUUAGAAAAAUCCCAAGUCAAAGAAAUUAUUGAAACUAUCAAAGCUAAAAUAAUAUUUAAUUGA